UCUAUGACGCCUGUGGUUCAAUCAACAACAAAACUUGUGCGAACAUGUUUUCGUACCUUAAGAGCUUAUUGCUAAUUCAUUAGAAAUAGUUGAAGCUUCCAAAACAGUUUUAUUAGCUUAUUUUAUUUGUGCAUUGAUCGUUGCUGGUCCUUUCAGAUUAUAUUUGUUGUAGUGAAAUAGAAAAGUUGUUGCAGCGAUAUGAGCGACAGACAUGGAAGUUCUGCAAAGUUCAAUCAGAGCCCAAGGCAGGUGGUCCUUCCUCCAUUCUCCAACAGGACCCUUCACCAUCCCUCCUUCCUUCCCCUGUACAUGGCAGCCAUGGGCUCGGCCCAGUACCCCAGGAGACCCCACCAACAGCCAGUUCCAGUUAUGACUCCCUCUGAGUUCUUCUACACGGACCCCACCAUGCCACGGGGACAACGGGUACUGAACAUCGUGACCGAGUUGCAGGUUUUUGAGUGCUUCCAACUCAACACCCCUCGCCCCAUCAUGUCCUUUUGCCCUGCACCCCCCGUCAGACCUGACCCCUUCAGAACACAAGCCCACCCUACCAGAGACCUGGGUGGCCACACCUGGAGGAGGGACCCUCCCCAUCUGCCCAUCACCCCCAGGCUGAGGCCCCUCGCACCCAGGCCCAGAGAGAGGGGACGGAGUCAGGCUGUGAUCCAGCUAAGCCUGGAGGAGGAUCAGGCUAUAACCAACCUACUGAAGCUCCAUCACCAAAAGCCUGCCCAUCCAGAGGUCACUACUGCCGUCAUCUCCACCCAGGUGGCUUGUCCUGAAGGGACAUCACUAGUUGAUCACACCUCAACCCUUAGCCAGCUAUCAGUGGGUCAGUCCAUUCCCACCACCAAACCAUCUCCAGCUGACGAGAUGGGGCUCUUUCAUAGAGAGGACCAGCUCUUUGUGUUGGCCAUCUUGGAGCCCCAACAUCAGAACCAGCCCAGACUGAGGUCUGAUGUGGAGCUGGAGGCAGCGAACGCAUUGCUCACUAUGGAUGAGGAGUCGGUCAGUCUGAUGGAUGAUGAAGGGCCCUGGAACCAGACUCAGACCCUGGACAGGCCCUCUAACAGAAGCCCUGAGAAUCUACAUCUUCAGUACUUCUCACCCGAAGAGUGUGAUGGUGAUACAGUGCUAUUAGAAGACGAUGAAAGCUGCCUAUCCCCAGAAGCUUUGCCUCCAAUGACCAGUAUUUGGGAUGCCGUGGCUCUGAGAAAUGGGACCGUCACAGAGUCUGAGGGGAUGGCUGUGGAUGCCCUGUUAAUACUGGGUGACCUCACAACCCCAUGUUGUCCUCAUUUCAGUUAG